AUGACAGAGUUUACAUCAACUUCGAGAGCACCUUUGCCGGAGAUUCCUGAUGACCUCAGUAUUCCCCAAUUCAUGCUGGAUUACAAGCAUCCAUGUAUGCCGUGCAGGGAGAAUGUUACGUGGCUGACUGAGGAUCACAGCGGGCGGAGCAUUGGAUUCCAAGAGAUCAAAUCUCGGACACAUGGCCUCGCCAAUGCUAUGAGCAUCAAAUGGAAUAUAAGGGAGAAUGAUGUCGUGUGCAUUUUCAGUCCGAACCACACAGAUUAUCCUAUCUGUGUAUGGGCGACCCAUACACUCGGCGCCAUUAUAACUCCCGCGAAUCCGGGAUAUACAGCUGAUGAACUAGUUCACCAGUUGCGAACCACCAAAGCUGCCCUUAUAUUUGUUCAUUCCGAUGCCUUGGGUACCGUUCUGACAGCUGCAAAGCGCGCGCGUGUUCCGGAAGAUAGAAUCGUACUUCUGCACAACCCGCAGAAGCCCAUUGUUCCUCAUGGCGUAGAGAAUGUCAGGGACCUUGUGACAUUUGGCUUGGAUCGUGACACGAAAUAUAUGGAGAAACGGUUCAAGAAAGGGGAAUCAAAACGCCAUUUGGCCUUCCUCAGUUUCUCUAGCGGUACCACUGGCAAGCCAAAGGCCGUUUCAAUACCACAUCACAGUGUCAUUGCGAACAUCAUCCAAAUAGCCGCCCACUAUAACGUCGCUUCGAAGACCUCUGGACCAUGUCCCUUUAGUCCUGGAGACGUUGCUACCGCUGUCCUACCUUUCUUCCAUAUUUAUGGCCUCGUCGUUAACAUGCACUUCAUGCUAUUUGCUGGCCUUAACUUAGUCGUCGUUCCCAAGUUCAGCUUCACAGACUUUCUGGGAAGUAUAGUGCGACAUCGGAUCACGCAUCUUCUACUUGUCCCACCUCAAAUUGUUCUGAUGUGUAAGCACCCGGCAAUGAAGGGCGUCGAUCUAAGCCACAUUAAAUGGACCGUCUGUGGCGCGGCCCCCCUCUCUGGAGAACUGGUAAAACAAGUCAUCAAGGUCCUGCCCAACGCUAGUAUCGGCCAAGGUUACGGCCUCACGGAGACAUGUACCUCCAUUGCCAUGUACCCGCCAGAGCAACGGAUAGGAACCAUUGGCAGCGCUGGCACGCUGAUACCAGGGGUUAGAGCCCGUGUUGUCAAGGCCGACGGCUCGCUGGGUAAAGCUGGCGAAGUCGGCGAACUUGUCGUGACGGGCCCAUCCAUGUCUCUCGGAUACCCUGAUAACGCCCAAGCAACGAAAGAAACCUUCAUAGAUGGAUGGGUCCGCACAGGAGACGAAGUGAUGAUUAACGAGAAUAGUGAAGUAUUUGUGCUGGAUCGUGUCAAGGAAAUAUUCAAAGUUCGAGGAUACCAAGUAGCACCCGCCGAACUCGAAGGACAUCUUCUCAUGCAUCCAUACGUCGCCGACGCGUGCGUGGUCAGCAUACUGGAUGAAUAUAGCGGAGAGCUUCCCUUGGCUUACGUCGUCCUCGACAAGUCGGUGGAAGAACAUGCUAAAGACCACAAGAGCGCUGCGAGGUUGAGGAAUGAAAUUGCCAAGCACGUCUCCGAUACUAAGGUCCAAUAUAAAUGGCUUGCGGGAGGCGUUGAAUUCAUCGAUGCGAUCCCGAAGAAUCCUAGUGGUAAAAUCCUUCGACGCGUGCUCCGGGACAAGGCUCGAGCUGCUAGAGGUAAUGUACAUGCACCACUGCAAGCGAAACUGUAA